CCGCACUGGCACCGAACGAAGCGGGUCUAACCCCGUUGAGCGGGUUUAUGAGGUGCUCUCACUCUCGCGAGGGGUGGGAAGGAGCGAGAGAGGAGGAAGGGGCGCCGUAAUUCUUCUUCUCAAAAAAGAAGCUGCACACCAGCUGAGAAAGGGAGAAGUGGGAUCGAAGGAGGAGGAAAGAUGGUUGUGCGGAUUCGGUUGUCAAGAUUUGGUUGCAGGAACAAGCCAUUCUAUCGAGUGAUGGCCGCUGACAGCAGGUCUCCAAGAGAUGGGAAGCAUCUCGAAGUCCUCGGCUACUAUAAUCCGUUACCUGGGCAGGAUGGUGGGAAACGAAUGGGGCUGAAUUUUGACAGGGUGAAGUAUUGGUUAUCAGUUGGUGCACAGCCUUCAGAGCCUGUCCAACGCAUACUCUUCAGAGCAGGUGUUCUACCACCACCACCAAUGCUUGCAAUGACCCGCAAAGGUGGGCCGCGUGACACCCGUCCUGUUGAUCCCCUGACUGGCCGUUACUUGACUCCCGAGAGCCCCGAAACUGCCGAUCAAUCUGAAUGUGGAGAAAGUGAGGUGGGUGAAGAUGGUGAUAAGCCAAGUCCUUGAAAAGAAUUGCAGGAUCAUAUGCCGAAAAAACAAAGAAACUGCAGCAUCUGGUUUUGAGUUGGAUGGCAGUUGAAUAUGUCAUUAGGAUGUUGUGGAUCUAUAGAUUUGGUUGCCUUGAGACACUGGUAGCACUUUGAGGCUUAAUAUUUAUGGAAAAUAAUUGCACAGUUUAUUUUACUCGUGGAUUCAAUACAUGUGGUUAAGUUUUGAAGC